CAUUUAUAAACCGAAACAUUUUUUAUUUAUUUUUAGUCAUUUCCUAUGUGAUUGGUUAUUGGCUAUGUAUUACGUCAUAUAAAUAUUAAAAUCGAAAAUAGUAAAAAGCGGAUUUCAAUUUUUCACUUUCGUUAAAGACAUUGACUAUCACAAAAUGAGUAUAUUAAUGAUAAUGGAAAGUAUAUUUUUAAUUGGAAAUAUAAUGUUGUUACAUGUGAAAGGUCAAUAUUUAACACAAGUGCAAACAUAUAUAGACACGUGUAACGAGACAAUAACUCUACGUGACACGGGCGGCACGGGGAAAUUGUUUUACACUCAUUACGAACACCAACAAACAAAGCGAUGUAGGAUUGUGAUCGAGGCUGAACCGGGAUAUCAUAUUGCAUACGGUUUUAGUAAACAAUCAGCUGUCCGAACGAUACAUAGUUUCCAUGAUCACGUGUACUAUAUCUGUACGUCCGUGACUGUCUUUCAAGGUGACAUGGAAAGAAAAUAUGAGUGUUUAAAUACCAGUAGAAAUUUCACACGCCAACUGGAAUCGACACAAAGGAAUACGCUGACUUUAGAUAUUCUUGGUGAUAGCUCUACAUCGUUUACUUUUGAAUUCGUGUUCUUUUCUUUCCACUACGGUAAAUGUAACAGCAAUGAAACGUCAUGUUGGCUUAUGCGAAAUAUUCGUUCAACUGCUUGUGUAAGCCAAGAUUCGAUCAUUAACAAUCCUUUUAUUUUCUGUGACGGGAAUGAUUAUGGUGGUUAUCCGGACUAUAAAAAUCCAAAUGGGGGUUUGUUAGCAGCUAUCGUGUUAUUGUGUAUAAUACUUGUACCUAUGUUAGUUUUUUGUGGCUGCUUCAUGUACAGAAGGUAUUGUAAGCAACCGGAACCGGAACCUGAAGAUAUUCCUACGCGAGCAAGGAGAAUAUUUGCCGCCAUUAUGGAGGAUGCUCACGACAAUGCCGGGUAUGAUACCGGACCUAUUGAUCCCGAUAAGUUUGAUCCGCCGCCAGAGUAUAGUUCUCUAGAACAAUUAGAUGGUAACCAUGAAGGAUCAACGUCUCAAUGUGACACACGCUUAAGUCAAAUAUCUGUAGAAAACUUACCAAGCUAUAACGAUGUGAUGAAAAACAGUAAUGAAUAUCUCGUGUCUUUCCACAUGUAACGAGCUAGGAAAAGAAAUUAUUUAUGAAUGGUAUAAACAGACCAGCGAUUACGACACUUAUUUAACACGUUAUUUAACACUACCAUUACAUAUUUAUUUACUUCAUUUAAAUACUUCAUUUAUACAUCAUCAUCAUCAUCAUCAUCAUCAUCAUCAUCAUCAUCGUCAGCAGCAGCAGCAGCAGCAGCCAAUCAUCAUUCUUGUGAGUUUUCAGAUAAAGCAAUUUAAAAUCCAUAGAAUAGAAUACAAAUUGUUAUUGUAUUCUACCGCAUUGUCAUUUUCAUUUUAGAUACUUGGAUAAGCUGAUUUGAAAUCUCUACAAAUAAUAACCUCGUCUUUUGCAAGUCUUCUGUACAAAAUUUGUUAUACUCAUAGUGGUAUAUGUUACAAUAAUUGCAACUCUUAAAUCCCCUCGAUCUCCCUUGCAAUUACAGACCUAUGUAGAUAAUAAGCUUGUAAGCUACCAGGACACUUCCUAUUAGUUACGUAUUGUCAUAGAGGCUUGGAUUCCACUUGAGUCUAUUGUUUAACUUGAAGGUACUUGACUUAUUGUGUUAUUUUGAGUACGUAGAUGAUUGUGUUUAAUAUGUUUGUAUUCACAAAGUAUUCGUAACUUCAUUGUUGUUUUAAAGAAAUUAAUAUAUAGGAAUAUAACUUUUAUGUCACAUGUACAUUUCUUCUGAUCAAGAAUGUUUUUUAAUUUUAAUCUGAAACGAUGUUAUGUUAUGGUACAUUUGUAGUUAUUUUAUCAUUCCUAUGAUAAAAAAAGUUUACAAUUUUUAUGUAUUUUAAAAGUGUAUAUAUGCGAUACUUUGAUAUAUUGUAUUUUGUUAGGAUGUGGAGCGUAUGCUCAUAUCAGAAAAU